AUGAAAGAUGCAGACCCGUUUCCGAUCAUAUGGUUUGCUGAUAGUUUAAGUUUCCAUGAAAUUCAACCAUGGUUUUCGCUACCAUCGAAUCUUAUCAAUAAGGGUGAAGAAUGGAUACCAGAAAUUCAGGGUUACGCAGUGAGAUAUGAUUCGCCAGAAAUAUGCAAUUUAAGAAAAUCUGGAAUUAGUGAAGUUCCUUGUUUAAGUUAUUUUGAAGCACCAAACAGACCAGUAAAAACUAUUGAAGCCCAUGCUGGUCGAGGAGCUUACGAUCCAGAUGAGUAA